UCCUUAGAUACACGGGUUGUUUAAAUAACCGCCUAACAUACAUACACGGUAUUUUUUUAAACUUGGUUUUAUAAAAUUAUAACGAAAAUUAUAUAAAAUGAGAGAAAUUGUACAUAUUCAAGCAGGACAAUGCGGAAACCAAAUAGGAGCAAAGUUUUGGGAGGUAAUUUCGGAUGAGCAUGGUAUAGAUCCGACAGGAACAUACCAUGGAGACUCCGAUUUACAACUGGAAAGAAUUAAUGUUUAUUAUAAUGAAGCCACAGGAGGGAAAUACGUUCCUAGAGCUGUACUCGUAGAUCUCGAACCUGGAACGAUGGACUCCGUUAGGUCAGGACCUUUUGGACAAAUAUUUAGGCCAGACAAUUUUGUGUUUGGUCAGAGUGGAGCCGGUAACAAUUGGGCCAAAGGACAUUAUACAGAAGGAGCAGAAUUACUAGAUUCUGUUCUAGACGUUGUUCGCAAAGAAGCGGAAGGAUGCGAUUGUAUGCAAGGAUUUCAGCUGACACACUCGUUAGGAGGAGGGACUGGAUCCGGAUUGGGUACGUUAUUAAUUUCAAAAAUACGAGAGGAGUAUCCAGACAGGAUAAUGAACACGUUUUCGGUCGUACCCUCGCCCAAAGUGUCCGACACUGUUGUCGAACCGUAUAAUGCCACUUUGUCUGUACAUCAACUGGUAGAAAAUACGGAUGAAACGUAUUGUAUUGAUAACGAGGCUUUAUAUGAUAUUUGCUUUCGUACUUUGAAACUAACAACACCCACAUAUGGUGACCUGAAUCACCUGGUUUCUGCAACUAUGUCUGGGGUAACCACCUGUCUCCGAUUUCCCGGUCAAUUGAAUUCAGAUUUGCGCAAAUUAGCAGUCAAUAUGGUUCCAUUUCCUCGAUUACAUUUCUUUAUGCCUGGAUUUGCACCACUUACUUCCCGAGGAAGCCAACAAUACAGAGCCUUAACGGUUCCCGAGCUCGUCUUGCAAAUGUUUGACGCAAAAAAUAUGAUGGCAGCUUGCGAUCCUAGACAUGGAAGAUACUUAACUGUCGCGGCUAUAUUCAGAGGCAGAAUGUCGAUGAAGGAAGUUGAUGAACAAAUGCUCAACAUCCAAAGUAAAAACAGUAGCUAUUUCGUAGAGUGGAUUCCAAAUAAUGUUAAGACUGCCGUGUGUGAUAUUCCUCCGAGAGGUCUGAAAAUGUCGUCGACUUUCAUAGGAAAUUCAACAUGCAUUCAAGAACUUUUCAAAAGGAUUAGCGAACAGUUUACAGCAAUGUUUCGUAGAAAAGCGUUUUUGCAUUGGUACACAGGAGAAGGAAUGGAUGAAAUGGAAUUUACUGAAGCAGAAUCCAACAUGAACGACUUGGUAUCGGAAUAUCAACAAUACCAAGACGCGACGGCUGAAGAGGAAGGCGAAUUUGAAGAAGAGGAGGAAGCUGACCAGGAAGGAGACUAGAUGAAAAGUUAUAGUUCUGAAUUUGUAAUCUAAAAUUUUCUAGUGCAUAAAAUAGUUUCAUUUGUCUUACUUGCUGUUCUCAAUUAUACUUUCAGUACAAAA